AGCGUGGUGUCGGAGUUUCUUGCCAUUUAACGCGCUGACGGGGCUGCCUCUCCCGAGUGCUGAACAGUAAUGUCGCUCAGGCUCAACGCGUUUACAAUCGGAUAUUCGUUUGAAAAUUCUGGUGAAACUUACUCAAGAUGAAGUUGGAGUCCGCUCCCUUGAGCGUGUUUUUAUCCUGCACCCCCAGUGCUGAUGCUUGAAUGGCAAACAAAGGUGAUGCUGAGCUAGAAAAGAAGGGAGCACAUGCGUAUGCGUCGGAAUGACACAGGGCUUCACCCCAAUCUUCCCAUUUCUACUGCUACUCGUUGGAUUUUCAAUAGCUGGUCUCCAUGUGUGGCCCUCAGUACAUAUUGCUCUGAGCAAUGCCAGUGUUUUCGUGGAUUACCAAACAAACAGCAACAUGACGGACAGCGAGCAGACUAUGGCUUUGGUUGAUGUUGAUAGGAAUGAAACCAUGCUGACCAAGUCCCUCCCCUUCAACCAGUCACAGGGCUCUCUGGAGUUUGACUGCACAUGCUUCUUAUACGCUGGAAACUUCAGCUUCAGGUUAGAUCAAACUGACCACAAGGGCAUGUCAAAUAUUGCCACCAACUGGUGGAGCCCAGUACUGCGUGUCCAGUGGCCCACUUUCCACCUGGGAGUGGAACGUGCUGGCCCCAACCGCAGUUCUGAUGGCUUUCAGAUUGCCAUCUCCACCAAUGACCACUUCCAUGCAUGCCCUGACAGCAAGGGCUCGUCCCUGUACCUGGAGGUAAACUACCUGGAGCACAACCAGAUCGGCAAGAACGCCGUCAACAAGGUGCGCAGCCAGCAGUGGCGUGACAUUGAGGUGGCCAGGUCCCAGCACGUGGGCUUGGACUGCGCCUCACCCCUGACCGACCGCGGCUUCGUCCAGCUUGCCCUCCGGUCCCGUCACACCAACCAGGACAUCAAGUCCUCGGGGCCGCUCUACCUGUCGCGCAUCUUCUCCUACAAGCUCCUGGUGAAGAAUGCCUACAAGGACCGCUGCGAGAGCACGGUGGUCGUACGCCUGCUCCCGCCACCCUGCUCGGUCGCCACUGGGAAAGUGCUGCUGUAUAAGGAAGCCAGGGCAGCUACGGAGCAGGCACUUCCAGUGGAGAUGGCCUUUCACUUCCUCGGCCAGGGCGAGAACGAGACGGAGUUCAACUGCUCCAUCUUUGAUCUCGGCAGGAACAAGUACUGCUUUCAUUUCGCGCUUGACAGACAGUCCCCAAGUUCAGCGCAUGCGUGUGUCAUCGUGCAAAGGAAUGCUGUAGAUAUGUGGGGCCCGUGGCAAACAUGGAGCGGGUGCAGCGUGACCUGUGGAGAGGGUGUGCGAGAGCGCAUGCGUGAGUGUUUGCUGCCCUCUGGUGGUGGGAUGCAGUGCACCGGCCUGGUGAGAGAGCAAUCCCUCUGCUCUCUGGAAGAUUGCACCGGGGGAGUACUUGUUCCUUCUUCCCCAUCUCCUCCGCCUCUGGGCUCUCCCCUGGGGGAAAACCUAGUGGUGGUGGCCGGAAUCUCUCUAUGCCUGGUUGUCAUUCUUGUCACCAUCCUUAUCACUGUAUGGAGGAAACUGUGCCACACUCCAAAGCGCAGCUCGGUGCGGCGUGAGUCCAUGCAUCCUCCCAGUGGACGCAAGAACUCGGAUGAGGCUUCUAUCUGCAGGCACAGUUUGCAGAGGCCCAGUUUUUCAGAGAGCGUGCAGGCAGUUGUACUUCAAAAAGGCCUAACACUCCCUGCACCGGUGGGACCUGCCUCAGAUAAGGGAGUACUGGCUCGUCAGCAAAGUGUGUGCCUGCCCACAUCCUUAUCCCAGGACCCAGAGCGGAUGUCCCCCUCAGGUCAAAAAAUAAUGCCUCCCAUUUUUGGCUAUCGUCUAGCGCAGCAGCAACUGAAGGAAAUGAAGAAGAAAGGGCUUAAAGAGGCCACGAAGGUCUAUCACGUGUCCCAGAGUCCUGUCGAUGACAUCAUGCUGGAAGCCACAGCCUCUACAUCGGCUGGUCUGACACCAGUGCCUCAGGAGCUGGAACGCCCAGAGGAACCCAACGAUCACUUCCAUAAAUCCCAUUUACCAGAGCCCAUAUGCUCACACAAAAACUUCACCACCCCGUUGGACAGGCUGAGCCCGAAGGGGGAGCCGAUGACAUGGAAGGCGUCCUUUAGCAGAAGGGAGGAGCGUCAGGAGCGCACAGCACAGUGGGUGGCCACGGUGGAGCGCAACCGGCUCGGCUCUCCCAAGAACCCAAACUUCCGCAGGACGUGCAGCUUCAACGAGAGCAACCUGCAGCAAGCGCCUCCACCACGGCCGUUUAGGGAACGCAGCUUGACCCAGGUGGUCCCACGCCAGAUCCCAGAGGGCAGCUGUAGAGCCAGGACCUGGGAGCAAGCCAUCCCAGAGCAGGAGGACAGUUCUCGCACCAAAUCCAGGACCCCCGAAAGCUUGAAUGAUCAAAGGUGGCGACCGUGGGUAGGCACUUCACCUGGCAAGUCCAAACCAGCCUUAGUUUAUUCAGGGACUUCAUCUCUGACCAAAAACCCCCUAGGUGGACGUCGUGCGUUGGGCCAGGCCCCAACGUUUGGGUCAGACCAAGCAGAGAGGGUGGAGCAGAGCCGGAGCAGGAGAGGGCCUUCCCCGAUCCAGAGGAACAUUCUGGCAAGGAAGAUGCGAGAAGCCAACGCAUCAGGCAGCAACCAGCGGCAGCGAAGCGCCACCUUCUCCAUCUGUGAGCCACAUGGCGGCCGUUGCAGAAGCUUGCCGCUCUCUGCGGAUUACAGCAGCUCCUACGGCCUGACCGAGGCCGAGCAUUGCAUGAUGGACAUCUCUGCCUACCUGGGGGAGGAAGUCAGGCAGGAGGUAGGGAAAGGCCACAGACUCACCUAAUAAUGUUUGAGUCCAGAAGUGUCCAGAUAAAGAGCUUUACAUGCUUCUGAGUCUUCUGUGAGCUUAAAUGUCAUUUUUUCUUGUUGCUGUUGUUUUUUCCCAGAAGGGGCAAGAAUGACUUUAGAGUAUUUAUUUGGAACAGAGCAUGUGAAAAAGUAAUAGAAACUGUUAAGAUUAUGGAAGCUAAAAAAGAAUUUAUGUGAGUUACUUGAGAGUUUUAUAUUUAAAAUGAAUCUUUUUACAUUUUUAAAUUUGGCAUAUUCUUUAGAAGUUUUAUAAUAGUUUCAAUCCAUGUGCCACAUUUAUAAACAUUUUGCGUGUGGUAGUAUGCAGAGGCCAUGCAGAAGUUGUCAUAAACUUUAUAAGCUUUUAAGAACAAAGGGGAAAUAGAAUUUGUGGAAGUCAAAACAUUUGCUCAGAAUAACUUCAGUUCAUGUUAACAGCAAUGGCAGUCGAAGACCAGUCCUCUCAUACCGCCUGUGGCAAAAGUAGAAUGUUUAAGUUAUAAAAUAUACUGUAUAAAAGAGAUGCUAUAUUUAUGCCCCGCCCAUAAGCAGCAGCAGCUACCAAACAAACAAAAAAACAAUUACAGUUAAAUAGAUUAUAAAAUUAGCUUUUUUCAUUAGGUCCACUUGAGAGGAAGUAGGUCUAUUUUGGAUGAACAUGUUUUUGUUUUUUUUCAUGUUUCAGUUAUUAAGAGUUUUAGUACUUCUUCCACCACUGUGAUAGAGUGAAAACGUAAUCUGUUUACAUGAACAAAAUGUAAUACUAAAAGAUAAAGUGGCUUAGUUUAUUAAAUAUGGCAAUGUCUUUACACUGGAAAACGUAAUGUUUAAAUGCCUUAGGUGUAGUAAAGUAAUGUAAAUAAAUACUUUAAUUGCUUCACAUAUUUUUAGUUUAUAAUGGUUUAUAUUUGUUGCAUCUGGUGUUCUUGUGUAAGUCUGAUGUUUUCAUAUUAAAUGCUUCUUGACCAUGUGCUUUUGUGUUAGGUAAGUGAGUACUGGAACAUCUUGUCUGCAUGUUCCUUUUGGUGAGUUUAAGCCUGUUGUUUGUUCCACGCUGCUGUGAGAUUCCAGGUGGCAUUCCUGUGCUUGGGUUUUCCUAUCUUGACGUUGUUUUUUGACAAUUGUAACAUGGUUAUGUAUUGAUGCAGGUAACAGGUCAACAUCUAUCUUAACACUUGUCUUCCCAAAUGUUUACUAAAUAAUGAUGAAUUCACCUAUUAGCAGCAUGAAGCACUGACCUUAUUAUUUUAGUUCUCAAAUCCUCACUGUAUGUCAGAAGUUUUAUAGUAGUUUUUUUUUUUUUUUUUGUCUUUUUGACAAUACAUAUAUUUCCAUUUACUUUAUUGUGAUUCUCCUCUCACUCUAAGUGUAAUGAAAUGGCCCAUGGGUUAAAAAAUAUCAGAUGCAGAUUAUCUUCUUUGUUGGAGAUUAUCUGAGAUUAUUAACUCAUCAUAAAAUAUACUUCAGACAGCAGAGUUUGGAUGCUUGUUUACUUUCAUGCACAAUAAAGAUUAAAUAUGUGUUA